GACACCUGAUAUAAUUUCCUUCGUUCAUCUUCCAUCGUAUGAACAUAGCCAUACGGAUGCUGCAGCAAGCCCUCAAAGUGUCCGGUCGCAGUGCGUCCCCGCUGAUCAAGUGGAUGGAGAAGUGGGCUGAGAGCGCAGCUGGCCUGAAGAAGAUCGAGGCGGCGCACGGGAUGAAAACCCUAAAGGAGAUGCCGGGACCCACCGUCGCCAAAUUUGCCUGGGACCUCUUCGCCAAACGGGGACUGUCCCGCCUCCACGAGCUGCAGCUUGAGGGUGUGAAGCGCUACGGGCCAAUGUGGAAGGCCAGCUUCGGUCCCAUCCUGACGGUGCACGUGGCCGAACCAGCCCUAAUAGAGCAGGUGCUGAGGCAGGAGGGCCAGACCCCCAUCCGCUCUGACCUCUCCUCUUGGAAGGACUAUAGGAAACAACGAGGCCACGGCUACGGACUGCUCACAGCUGAGGGGGAGGAGUGGCAGGCGGUGCGGACUCUCCUGGGGAAGCACAUGCUACGUCCGAAGGCGGUGGAGGCCUACGAUGCGACUCUAAACGGCGUGGUAGAUGACCUCAUCACUAAGCUCCGCCUCCGCAGGCGCCAGGACCCCCGCGGCCUCGUCCCGGACAUCGGCAGCGAGUUCUACCGCUUCGGCCUCGAAGGGAUCUCCUCAAUCUUGUUCGAUUCCAGGAUUGGUUGUCUAGACCCUGUGGUUCCCAUGGAGACAGAACGUUUCAUUCAGUCCAUUAACACCAUGUUUGUCAUGACGCUCCUCACCAUGGCUAUGCCUGCCUGGUUACACCAGUUGUUCCCCAAGCCCUGGGACACUUUCUGCCAGUGCUGGGACUACAUGUUCCAAUUCGCUAAAGGUCACAUUGACCAGCGUCUGAUGGAGGAAGCGGAGAAGGUGGCGCGGGGAGAGGAGGUGGAGGGGCGAUAUCUGACUUACUUUCUGACCCGCACGGGGCUACCCAUGAAGACGGUGUACAGCAACGUCACUGAGCUGCUCCUGGCUGGGGUGGACACGAUUUCCAGCACCAUGUCCUGGUCCCUUUACGAGCUGUCUCGGCACACUGAGGUUCAGGCCUCGCUGCGGGAGGAGGUAUUGACUGUGAUGGGGGGUCGGAGGGUGCCUGGGGCUGCAGACGUGGCUCGCAUGCCCCUCAUGAAGGCUGUGGUCAAGGAAGUUCUCAGACUUUAUCCUGUUAUUCCGGCCAAUGCCAGGGUCAUCGCAGACAAAGACAUCCAGGUCGGAGGCUACCUCCUCCCCAAAAACACUCUGAUCACCCUCUGCCACUUUGCCACAUCCCGGAAUGCAUCAUUUUUCCCGAACCCAAAUGCCUUCCAGCCCCUUCGCUGGCUGAACCGGGACGAAGGCCACCACCCCUAUGCCUCGGUGCCCUUUGGUGUGGGCAAACGCAGCUGCAUUGGCCGCCGCAUCGCAGAACUGGAGGUCUACCUGGCACUUGCACGAAUUCUGAUGCAGUUUGAUGUAAAGCCCGAUCCAGAAGGCAGUGGUGCAGCAGUCAAACCCAUGACCCGGACACUGCUGGUGCCAGAGAGUGAGAUCAACCUGCAGUUUAUUGAAAGAUGAGUCGAUGACCUGCUGAACACUAGCUAUGUGUUUUUGACUGUGACUGACAAUCCAUAGCUCUCAGAGUGAGACAGUUGGGAGCACUGGGAAAAGCAUUGCGAAAGAGGGCCCGACUGAAUUUGUAGGCCUAAACCCAUAGACCAGGCCCUCAGCCCCUCAGAUCCCAAGUCCAGUUGGUUUGGGCUGGCCUGGGUCUGAGUUGAUACAGCAGCUGAAUGAGGGGCUGAUAGGUCUUUGUUAAUUGAAAACCUUUCGCUCUGUAUAUGAACAGUAGUAGUUGCAUUUCCAGUGAACUGAAACUCACUUCCCACACAUUUUUUGCACAAGGAGGCUUGGAGAUGGUGAAAGGAGGGUACGGCAAUAUUUCAAGUGCAUUAGAGCCUAUCUUGAAACUUCUCUCCAUGCAGAGUGAAAUGCACAGAACUUGAAACUUUUGACUGAAACUUGAAAAGUGCAUCAGGAGAUAUGUGACAUAGUACUAUAAAGCUGCAAUCAGCAGUAGAAACUAUAACAAACUGUGCCCCUCCCCUAUUUUGGUAAAAAGCUGAGGGAUGGGUCUGGAGAAAUGUAACCACUUAAAAAUUAAUAGACAAAGCUAUGGAUGAUAGGACUGACCAUCCAUGAUAUCAAAAUGAUCGCUUUGAGGCCAUGUAGUGUUUAUUUACAUUUACUUUGUUUCCAAACAUUGGGAGUAAAACAAGCUUGUAUUUUGGGUUCUGAUGGGAUACGACAGUUGAACUAAGAUCAUGAUGCAUUUACAAGUUGCAUUAUUCAAGAAUCAAUGGGUACAUAACAUUAAUUGAUAAGUAAAAAACUGCUGAUUUUCCCCUUUAAUGACGAGUGAUUUUCCUUCUCAAUAUCAGGUUGAUCCCUCUUUUCACCUCUUAAAGAUGCAUUAUAAAGGUUUUGUAUAAUUUCAGCCAGUAGAUUUGAAAGUAGCACUUAAAGCCAUAACGUGCCCUGAAAAUUGUGCACAAUUGUGUACAACGUCAUCCAUUUCGUAUGAAAUGUUACGUCCUGCAGUAUAUACAGUGCCUUGCGAAAGUAUUCGGCCCCCUUGAACUUUGCGACCUUUUGCCACAUUUCAGGCUUCAAACAUAAAGAUAUAAAACUGUAUUGUUUUGUGAAGAAUCAACAACAAGUGGGACACAAUCAUGAAGUGGAACGACAUUUAUUGGAUAUUUCAAACUUUUUUAACAAAUCAAAAACUGAAAAAUUGGGCGUGCAAAAUUAUUCAGCCCCUUUUACUUUCAGUGCAGCAAACUCUCUCCAGAAGUUCAGUGAGGAUCUCUGAAUGAUCCAUUGUUGACCUAAAUGACUAAUGAUGAUAAAUACAAUCCACCUGUGUGUAAUCAAGUCUCCGUAUAAAUGCACCUGCACUGUGAUAGUCUCAGAGGUCCGUUAAAAGCGCAGAGAGCAUCAUGAAGAACAAGGAACACACCAGGCAGGUCUGAGAUACUGUUGUGAAGAAGUUUAAAGCCGGAUUUGGAUACAAAAAGAUUUCCCAAGCUUUAAACAUCUCAAGGAGCACUGUGCAAGCGAUAAUAUUGAAAUGGAAAGAGUAUCAGACCACUGCAAAUCUACCAAGACCUGGCCGUCCCUCUAAAUGUUCAGCUCAUACAAGGAGAAGACUGAUCAGAGAUGCAGCCAAGAGGCUCAUGAUCACUCUGGAUGAACUGCAGAGAUCUACAGCUGAGGUGGGACACUCUGUCCAUAGGACAACAAUCAGUCGUAUAUUUCACAAAUCUGGCCUUUAUGGAAGAGUGGCAAGAAGAAAGCCAUUUCGUAAAGAUAUCCAUAAAAAGUGUCGUUUAAAGUUUGCCACAAGCCACCUGGAAGACACACCAAACAUGUGGAAGAAGGUGCUCUGGUCAGAUGAAACCAAAAUUUAACUUUUUGGCAACAAUGCAAAACAUUAUGUUUGGCGUAAAAGCAACACAGCUCAUCACCCUGAACACACCAUCCCCACUGUCAAACAUGGUGGUGGCAGCAUCAUGGUUUGGGCCUGCUAUUCUUCAGCAGGGACAGGGAAGAUGAUUAAAAUUGAUGGGAAGAUGGAUGGAGCCAAAUACAGGACCAUUCUGGAAGAAAACCUGAUGGAGUCUGCAAAAGACCUGAGACUGGGAUGGAGAUUUGUCUUCCAACAAGACAAUGAUCCAAAACAUAAAGCAAAAUCUACAAUGGAAUGGUUCAAAAAUAAACAUAUCCAGGUGUUAGAAUGGCCAAGUCAAAGUCCAGACCUGA